AUGUCUUCCCCGGAUGCAUCAACACCCGACCCAGCGGCGGCAGCAGCCGCUGCUGAAGCUGCCGCCGCGGCAAUGCGUCAGUUCACCAUCGAAGCGUGGACACUUCUAGCUUUCGGCAUUGUAGUUACCAUUCUCAGGACGUACGCUCGAAUAAAAGCUGUUGGGGUCAAGCGAUUACAAGCCGAUGAUUUCUUGGUCUGGAUUGGGGUGACCUUCUAUGCCGUAGAGACUAGUUUGGCAUAUUCGGUCGGUGCUGUUGCUAAAGGGUUGGCCAACAAUGGCAUGACAGAUGAACAGCGGGCCGCAUUGUCUCCAGAUAGCGAAGAAUAUACUACAAGAGUCAUUGGUUCCAAGAUCCAACUCGCAGGAUGGUCAUCCUAUUCUGUGCUUCUCUGGGCACUCAAGGCUUCUCUUCUCGUCUUCUACUUGCGGUUGACUUCUGGCCUGGCUCGUACUUACUUGAUUCGCAUCUAUAUCGGAUUCGGACUUCUCCUCGCCAGUUUCAUUACUAUCUUGAUGAAUCUCUUCCUCGCCUGUCGACCAUUUUACAGAUAUUGGCAGAUAAAUCCUGACCCUGGCAAUGUUUGCCAACCCGCUAUUUCGAACCAGGUCAUUUGGGUGUACCUCUCCAUGAAUGUCAUCACCGAUCUUUACCUACUUUCCAUCCCCGUGCCUAUGCUUUGGCAAUCAAGUCUGAAGCCAGUCAAGAAAUUCGGCUUGAUUAUUCUUUUUAGCGGAGGUUUAUUUGUCGUCGCUUGCGCCAUUCUGCGUUGCGCGCUCAUUGUAACGGACCCAGUUAAUGGCGCGCAACUAGCCGGAUCUUGGGCCGUUCGGGAAACCUUCGUCGCGGUCGUCACGACGAACCUACCCAUGAUUUUCCCGCUCUUCAAGAUGUGGCUCACCCCCAUCUUCGGCUCUCUGCUCACGACCGUCCGCUCGCAGCAGCGACUCACCGACAAGGAAUCGAAGAGCGACCUGCGCACGUUCGGCGGCGGCAGCCACCAGAGCUGGCGACGCCGCGGGGGCCCGCCCACCGCAAACCCCAUCACCAACAUCACGUUCAACGAGAGCGAGGAGCGCAUGGUGGACGAGGUGAAAAUGCAGGAUCUCAAGGGCUGGACCGACACGAGCACGAAUGGCAGUGGCGGCGGCGGCGGCAACGCGGUGGCCCCCAACGGUAAUAAUAUACACAAGCACGUGGAGGUCGAGGUGGUCAGCGAGGCGCGCGACGAGAAGGAUCUGGAAGCGGAUAACCAUCGACACGUCGUUCCGGAUGAAGAGAACCAACACCAGCAAUCACACGGCAACUUCACCUUUGCGAGAGGCCCGCGGAGGUCAAGUUAUACCGGCCAUAGUCGUCCGUGA